GGAAGUAGCAAGUUUAAACUUGUGUUUAUGUCUGAACCUGCUCGAUUGAAAGCGGCAGGUGCACUCAUAGACAGGUUUAGAUGACACUGAAGGUAAAAUGCAUAUUCAACGGUACAACAGAAAGCUAAGAUAAGGUAGGAAGAUGAAGACCAAGAAGCUAGGACAGUACCGACUCAGUCCUAAUGAGGAGGCUCAGCUCAUCAAGGACGAGACGGAGAGACGUCGUAAACUACGGCUCGUGCAAGUCCGAGAACAAGCGAAACAAAAUGCUGCUAAAAUCCGCCAGGCCGUCAAACAGGAGAAGGACCGACAGAUUCACAAGCUCGCAGCUGAGCUUCAGAACCAGCUGGAGAAGGAGAAAGAAGAGAAAGUGCGCCAUCUAGAGGCCCAGUAUGAAAACUGUCUUCAUACCAUAGGUCAAGGUCAACUGGAAGCUGGUGAACAGGUGGAUCAGGAUGCAGAGCGCCACAUGGUGAGACAACUAGACAACCAGCGAGCAGAAUCUCGGGGUAAGGCAGCGACAGAGAAGGCAAGACGAGACAAAAUCUACCAGGAGUACGAGGAAAACAAGAUCAUUGCAGCCAAAAAGUCCGCCCUAGAGAUGGAGAAGGAGAGGGCCUCCAAGAUAGCGUCUUUACCAGCGCCACCUCCUGAUCCUGUUCUGAACCUGGGAGUCCCUAAAAAGCCCUCCGUGAAGAUGACAGAUGCGAAUGCGUUCUCCACCACACACUACCAUCUGUUGGAGGACUACGCUGUAGACAAGGCCGGCCCCAAUGAGCAGGAGGAUGCACGGCGGGCAGCGGAGGAGGAGGAAAUCAGGAUGAAGGAACAAGAUCAGGAUUUGGUGCGUCUUCAUCACGACCGUCUGGCUCGUGCCAGGGUCCGACACAACAAAGCCCUCGAGGCAGAACUCCUAAGUCAUGACUACAACAACAUCCUGGCGGACCUGAGUGACCUACAGAGAACUGACCGUGAGCGGAGACAGAGAGUGGUGGCAAACAUCCCAAAACAAGUGUAUGAGCCCCCUUAUUUUCGUAUGGAGGAUAAAGAAGACAAACAGAAAAACAUGGAGGAAGCCUUCGAGGACAUGUACAUGGCGGAGACAAACUUUAUGGGAGAUCUGAGCCUCGCUCUGGACCCUCAUCCUCCCCCGGAGACACCGUCCGCCAGCGAGUCCCUUGACGUGUCCACUCUGGACGAAGCACCUCUCCCUGAAUCCACACUGGGUUCCAUUCCUUCAGUCCUCAAAGACAUGACCAACACCCCAAGGAAACCCAGUGAUAAACCGCCAGCCAAAAAACCUGAAAAAGUACUCCGGAAGUUGAUGGACAAAAUCAAGACUCAACGUCAGGAGUGGGUGUCGAAGUCUGUGGGGGACAUGCGGAAUGUUGGUCAGGAGGGCCAACCCCCUAUCUCCAACGGUUACCAGGAAAAUGGCUUUGACAAAGCUCCGACCUUGUCCGAGUAUUCCCUGUCCGACACAGAAGUCUCCCACACAGAACAUCCUAGGUCUGUGGUACAGCCAGUUAUACAUGGGAUGAAACACACACGAGGCCCCGUCCCUUACACACAAAGCCCUGCCUACAACAUACAAAGCCACGCCCUUUCCACUGGUGACCCCCGAGGCCACGCCCCCAGUAUGAGGGUUCCCGCUCCAGGUUCACACGGACCUGCUCCUUUACUACAUCCAAUGGAAAUGGCUGCCAAAUUCAGACACACAGAUCCAUAUGCACAGGAUUCUGAAGAGGAAGUUAAGCCACGUAAACCAGUGGAAGAGAGGACAGUGGCAGAGAUAUUAGAACAACAGCGCUCACUCGAUCCCAUUUACAAAUUAAUGGAGACUGGUACAAAAUUGAUACAACAGAAGCGAGAACUGGAGGCCAAAUUAGCAGCCCUUGAUUCCUACCAUAAGUCCAUUCUGGAGCCUGAGGCAUCGAGUUCUGGUGCACCACCAGAGGGCGCUCAGAUACCAGACUUCCUUAUGAAUGGCCACGCACCUUCUUCCUCUUCAUCUGUGAAUCUAUCAUCAGCUGGCCUUGUUGCUCAUCUUGCCAAAGACAAACCUGCAUCUGGAUUUUAUGGAAUUUCAGGACUUCCCACUCAAAUCACAAAACAGCCUACCUCUUUGAGUGAUUCGGAGAGGCCACCAAAUGUUUCUAUGUCAAAAGCUCAGAAUGGCGUAACAUCUGAACUUUAUCAGUCAAAAGGGUACUCUGGUAUGGUACCUGACCUUCAUCCAUCAAAAGGUCAAAAUGGCUUGACCUCUGACCUUCACCGUCAACUUCCUGUUGGUGCAUACCUGUCGCCUGCUGCCCGGCAGCAGCAGACAAACUACCUGAACUCAUCACUGCCCCCCGCUCCCCACACCCUGUCAGGUGCUAUGUUACCAGGGGAGGGGAAAGCCGAUGACCAUUCUGAUCAAAUGAAAAAGAUUCGAGAGUAUCAAGUGAAUUUGUUACAUAGGCAUGAACAUAGUAAAAAAAUUCUCUCCGACACGAGAGCCGAGAUUGAAAAAAGACGGCAAGAAUUAUUAGAGAGGUUCCCACAGUUAGAAUUGAAAUCUCCGGAGAGUGACAGGUCUGGGAGCCAGGUGAACGUUGGUCACGACCCUAGUGUGGCACAGAGCAUGUCUGUCCUGUUUGAGUCAAGAUUACAACACGAAACAGACAAACCUGCCGGUGGUAAAUCCCCCGCUAAAUCUGCUGUCUCUGAGUUGUUGUCAAAGUUGGCUUCACACCCUUACUAUGCCUCAAGACUGUCACAUGAAAACGGGAAACUUUUAGCUAGCAGUUUACUAGGUAGAGACAUGCAACCAGAGAAAGGCGGAGCUAUUCCAAGUUCGGAGGCUAGUAAGGGGUCCAAAGUAGACAGGGUGAGGAAGUCGCUGUCAUUUAAUGAUUCUCUACAGGAAUCACCAUUAACAGCCAUGCAGCAUUUUCGGGACAGUGACACUGGUCGUAGUGAUCUUGAUGACACAGCUUUAUCAUCAUCUUCGACUGAGCAAGGGAGCCCAGCCCUCCCGGGUCGAAGGUCAGGGUCAGAGUCGGAUUCUGACCUCUUGACAAUGUCAAGAGACCGUAACCAAGUGUUUGAGAAAAGACAAGCAGAUUUACGGAGACAGUUGGAGGAUAUUCAAAAACAAAAGGAGGAUAUUCUACAGCGACAUCAAACUGGACAAAUCCAUUUGAUGGCAGAACAGGAGCGCCUACGUAGCAAAUUGUCUCGUGCUCAGCGACAGAUCAACCAUGAGAGUGAUACAUCCCUCAAUAUGUCUGGGAAAGACACCUCCCUGACUGGUGAUACUUCCGGCCUGGAAACCUCUGACCUGAGUUCUGACGCCUCGCCUCUUGGGAAGCAACCCUCACCCCCUGGGAGACCUGUUCCUGGACAACCACCUAACCGCGGGGCUGUUCAACUAGGGACUCAUAAGCCACAUGAACUCAGCACGAUACAUGAGGUGGACACACCAGCCAGUACGCGCUAUUCUGAAGCUCGCCUUUCCUCCGGCCGACCAAGCCUCUCUUCAAGUGAAGCAUCAUCCACCGUGAAACGUUCAAUAGACUUUGACCGACCUACAAUACCAGAGGAAUUUGAGCGAGUGCCCACCCCCACUGACCGACGGUCAGCAGGGGAGUCUGGUUAUCACACUCACCAGAUAGACGAAGUGAUGUCCAGAGCAAGGGAACUGGACAGUGGUCUGCUGGACAAGCUCAAGAGACAGACCAAUGAUGUGUUUGCUUCACUGGACUCCACAGAGGGGCAGAGGCACGGCACACACAGUCCCACCCUGGGGGGUAGCUUCCACACCCUGUCUGCUGGCACUCUGUCACCCUCAUCACUGUCCACAGGGCCGAUAGAUGACAGCAUGGUGUCACAGCAUUCCCAGGCUGCCUCGGACAACUACGCAUUCCGAUAUGUCGGACAGACUUCUGGAAAAUCUGGAAGUGCCAACGGAUCAUUCCAGAGUAACAAGUCGUGGGCCGAUGAGUUUUUGGGUUACAAGGAAAAGUUCAAACCACUUCAACCUGACAGAACAUCGACAGGUUCAAAACAACAAGAUUUUAAAUUCUUACAGCCUUCAUCUUCAGAAGAGAAAGCCAAUGGAUCGGAUCUCAGUCAGCAUACCUUGUCUGAAUAUGAUAAGUCACAGGACGACAGUAAGUCAGGGUACCUAGACCUGCCUGAUCCUAAACCUCUUCAGGUUGACAGGAGCUAUGAUGCUAUGCAUUUCUCAGUGGAGCCUACCCAUACCUAUCAAAAACCAUUCUCAUCCGUAUCGCUGGACACCUUCGCUGAGAAGCCUUCUUUCUCAUCUGGGGACGGAAGCAGGACUAGAUCAUCAAUAGAGAGGCUAGCAGAGGAACUCUCUCACCAAGGACCUGCAAGUGACCAUUCAGGGUCAACAAGGUCAUCUGCAGCAUCAAGUGAAGGUCGUGCUGACAUUUCAGGUGUGAGAGGGUCACCUGUUGGCCAUAUUGACCAAUCAGAUACACAGCUGUUGCGGGACUCUAUGGACAGUACAAGUAGAACCCGUGAGAGUGUUGGGUCUAAUGUCAGUGAGGGAAUUGUUUCAUCCUCCAGUUCCUAUCUUGAUAUGGAACUCCAUGGUCGUAACUCACGAGACUUUGGGCCAUUCCGAAGGGACCGUGACAGUAUUUUGCUACAGCUACGAGAUGAGCUGAGGGAGGAGCACCGCCGAGGUCCUCGUAUCCUGUCAGACAACGAAUCUGUCAAGUCUGGCCCUUAUGCAUAUACAAGUACUCCUUAUACUGCCCAAGGGAGACCCCAAACCUUGGCUGUGGCAUCAGAGUUUUCUCGUCAUUCCAUCACAUCCGAUUCCAGUAGGGGAGAAGGAGAGACUCCACGCAGUCAGGGCUGGGGGAGUUUGUCUUCAUCGUCAGUCAUCGAGAGACCUUCAAUACAUUCUUUGUCGAGCCAAUCAACAGAGGUACCAUCCUCUGUCAGCUCAGGAGGCCCCCCAGUGGUCAGUCAGUACAGUCUGUUGUCGGACACCCAGGGGAUCACGCUGAUUGACAAGGAGCAAUCCCCGAGCCAGUAUAGUUUUGACACCACAGGGAAGGCCACUCGAAAUGAAUCUUCACUCACACAGGUGUCCUUGGAUACUAAUGAUUCUGAUGUGUCCCAGAGAGGUGAAAAGAGUGCACCAGAGUUGAGCCAGUAUACCUUGGGUACUGAUGAGGAUCUGUCGCUGAGUCAGUACAGCUUGGACAAGACUAGUCCAUCUGGUCGUCGGGCUGAAGCAACACAGGAACCAAGUCAGUAUAGUUUGGACAAGACAAGUCCAUCGGGACAUGGGGCAGACUCCACACAAGGUCUGAGUCAGUACAGUUUGGACACAGAAUCUGAACAAGAUUCGGAAGAUGGUUAUGUAGACAAGAAAUUUGCAAAUCUGGAUGUGUUGAUACAAGAAUCAAGAGACAUUAUUGCAAAACAUAAACAGCUUAUAAACAAAAAACCAAACCAGUCAAGUAAUGCUGAAAACACUGAGCAUCUAGGGACAAUUGGUCAGGCAUGGUCACAUGACAGAUUGUCUGGUCACCAUGAACCGGCUUCCAUCUCCGACGUAGCAUCAACAGAGGACUCUUACAAGCUGUCCACAACAACAGCAGGGUCAAGCUUUGAUGUGACCCCACUCAGGUUGACUGAGGACUCUGCUACCAUGGUAACCAGCAGUCUGCCCUCAGCUGGAGACGCAACAAGUCUAGACCAGCUUGGCUACGAGUCUGGUAUAUCUGAGGAGCCAAACCUGACACUAGUCACUCUCAGCUCCAAUACCAGUAUGGUACAGGAGGACUUCGGCCAGACACCCCAAAAGUCUGUUCACAGUAGUCGCGGCACUGCUAGUAGUAAUUCCACACUGUCUUUUGAGCAACAUGAAGCCAGCCUGACUGAUCCCGAUGUGUCGAACACACACUCAAAGUCUACGCAAGAUACCUUCCAUGACAUUACAGAUUUCACCACAUCCAGGUCGUACGACCAGGACGAGGGUCCAAACACUGCCAGGACACUGUCCCCUCCCCGCUAUGCCCCGCCACCCCCACCACCCCCACCUGUUGAGGAGAGUGAAGACACAGGCAGUGACUCCGGUUCAGAUACUCUGUUCCACGCUAUACCAGUAAUGGUCAGUCCAACUAUGUCCUUAGCCAUGAAAUUUAGCAGCCAGCAGGAGCCGAGUAGACCACCAGUGUCCUGGUCAAGGCUUCUGGAUGAUGAGGGAGAGAAACCCAAAACAGAUGACCAGAAACCAGCACAACCAGUCAUUGUACGUUCUUUAGAUUCUGGUUCAACCAGGAAUUCCUCUGAGUCUCAUGUGGCAAGGUCACUUGAAUCUUCGUCUGCAAGGACGUCCACAGAACAGACCUUGUCGUCAAGGCGAUCUGCUGACUCAUCAGAUUCGCCCAGAGAUACAAGGUUAGGUGACAAGGUCGGCGAAAGGCGGAAAAUGUUUGAGGUUGCUGAGGAAGCCCAGGCAGGGAAAAAGAAGCAGGCACCUAAGGUACCGGGAACCUAUCUUAAUAAGGCCCUACAAUCGAAGAAAGAUGGGGGGAAGAAGGCUGUGAAGGAGGUCCCUAAAUCACCAUCAGCAGGGAAAGUUACACCUGGUGCUGUGGUCAGCCUUGCAGAUUUUAUGACCUCUCAAAAAGGGGAAAUGAAUACCAUGAAGAAAAAACCAUUAAAGGAAACAGGGCGUCCCACAUCAGCCCCAGGGUCAGGUCAGAAGUCCAGGGAUGCUGAUGACAGUGGAGUCGUAAGGUCUGUGGGCCCAACAGGAUUGUCCAAAACUCUAGCCUCAUGGAAGAAAAGUCGAAGUGUCAAGUCGUCAGCCCCACCCCCUCAGCCACUCCAGUCCAAGGAGACACCUUCCAGCUCAGUGAAGGUCGUUACUAAGGAAGCACUAUUAACUGAAGAGGAGCGCAGACGUGCUGCUGACAAAAUUGUGUAUGAGCGCCACAUGAGGGCGUACAACCCUCGAUUGUUUAGGUUAGCCAACAGGCUGGACGACGACGAACCUGUGAAACCAGAGGACAAGGAACAGCAACGACAGGCAAUCGUCACUGCCAACCGCAACAAGGUCAAAGAGUUUCAAAAGAAACUGAAUGAGAAUAUGAAGAAGAAGGAACAAUUAAGGAAACAGAAGAAAGAUGGCAAGUGACAGAGCAUCAGAUGACGGGGGCGUAACACAGCGUCAGAUCACACAGCGUCAGAUGACGGGGCGUUUCUCAUCGCCAGAUGACGGGGCGGUACACAGCGUCAGAUGCCAGUCUUUCCAUUUGGUCAUCAGUUGAUUAAGAUCUCUAGUACCGGUAUACAGAAAUACGGAUUUAAUUUCUUCAGAAUGCAUAGAUCAUACCACUACAUACUGCUGUGAAAACCAGAAACAAAUGUCAGAAAUUUGAUCUAAAUCUGUAAAACAUGUAAAAGUUCUCUUACACCAUAGUUUAGGUCAAAAUAUAGCUGUAACAAAUGGAUUGUAUUCGUAUAGAAAUUCAUAUAACACAACCAGUAAAUUAUUAUGUGUAAACGUUAACAUUUAUAUACAAUCCAUAAUUACUAGCCUAAAGAAAAUGUUUGGAAAUAUCUGCAAACAAUGUCAGAAAUUAUUGUAGCUAUACGACUGAUCAUAUGUAAGGGGACUACGUAUACUACAGUAAGAACCUCUCGUCUUAGAUCAGGGAAGGAGACAGAGAUCAGUUCCCUGAAAAACAUUUAGAGAGACUGCUUUUUCUGGGGAAUACAGAAAUGAACUUAAAAAGGAAAUUACCUUUGUAUAUGUAUACUAACUACAUGUAGAGAAAGAGAUGUUUACUUAAGAUUAUUCACUUCUGUUAUAGUAAGAGGUAUUUCCAGAUAUUUACUGAGAAAAUACCUGACUUCCUGUAUAACAAUACUUAUAUAAUGUAUUGUACUAGGAUAAUCACCUGACAAUAUGAAUAUGUGAAGGUUUAUUUCAUUAUAUAUUGAUGUUAGAGUAGCAUUGUAAAGUUAGUAAAUUAAUUUAUUUAACUCAAGACUUAACUUCAUUUUAGUUCCUACAUUUUAUUAGACAAUUAGUUGUCGAACAGGAUUAUAGAUAUUGUCAAAAUUGUUUGUCCUCAUUUUGAAAUGAAAUUUUAUAAAAAAAAAAAUGCUUGGUACAAUAGUCACUAAUAAAUAGGUCAGUAAAUCCCACUUAAUAUCACUUGUUAUUUAUGAGAUAAACAGCAAUAGUUUGAAGAAAAUGUGUCAUUAAGAGAAAUGUGGCAUAAAACUAUGUGAUAUUAAGUGGGAUAUAAUGUUCACAAUUUGGGGACAAGAAAAGUGUUGCUGUAAACUGCGAUUCGUACACUUUACCAAUGCCCGGGAAACAUAAAUGCACAGCAUCAAAUGAGAGAUGAAUACCUUGGCAAGGCAAAUAACUCUAGCCCAGGAAAACUUAUUUAUUGCUUCACCUUGUAUAUAUAUGGAUGCAUACCCCAAGUUGAAGAGAGAAAAAAACGGUUCUGACAUUGAACUUUUUCAUGGUCUUCUAGUAGAUUUAGUGUGGACACUAUGUUCCAGAAAGAAACUGUUAAAGUUUGACCUCAUGAAAUGAAAGCACGAUGUGCCGAUUUGUGUACAGAUUUAACUUAAGAAGUACAUGUAUUCUUUAUUACAUGUGCUCAAGGAAAAGGUCAGUGCACUAUUUGAUGAUUGCACUAAUGAAAUGAAUGUAGCAACAUGAGUGCCCUAAUAUAAAUACAAAACAUGCUGUGAUAUUUGAAAAAUACUGAAUUUGUGUUUUCGAAGUUGUUUGUUGAAAAAAUAUUUUACUUUUGAUUACCAUGUGCCUCAAACCAUGCUUCAAAAUAAUAACUACUAUAUAUAUAUAUAUAUAUUUCAUGUGAAAUAAUAAAUUGUAAUUCAAGAAAUUUGUUUCUAGUGUCUUUUCUCUCAAUCUAAUUAUAUAUGUUGAGUCUCAUUUGCAAUAGACAUACAUAUUAAACUGGUUAAAUUUACAUACCAGGCCCCAGUUGUUCAAAAGUUGUUUAACUUUAACCAAUGGUUAGUGAAAAAUUCAAACUAUUAUUUGACUAUUGCCAGUAAUGGCAUUUGGAAAAAUAACAACCAUUGCAAUUAUAUCACUGUAGAAUGACCUGUCAACUAUUUUUCUUGUUUUUAUGAUUUUAUUAACAAAAGCAUACCCAUUUGAGUUCAAUUAUAAAUCCAUUAACAUUAUAUUAAACAGAAUAACAAAAAAAAGUACAAUUGUAGUACAGGUCGGUAUAAAGUAAUCAUAAAAACAAAACUUGAGACAACCAAAAAUGUCGCAGAAAAUGUUGCAUGCUCAUGUGGACAUACCCAUAUGUUCAAGUCAUAACCAUAUUUAUAUAUUAUAGUAUUAAACCCAAGGGUUACUCUCGGUAUUAAAAGUCAUAACCAUAUAUAUAUUAUUAUAGUGUCAAACCCCAGUGUUACUCCCAGUAACUUUAACAACCUUCAAGAUGACAUCCCGCUGAUUUCAAUAUUCUAAUACAUUAUUGACAUGCAGUUCUAGUUGUGAUGCAUUAUAGAAGGAAACUUAAGGGGUUUUUUUCGAUAUGAAAUGCUCUCAUUUUUUUCAUAUUGAGUACAUUAUCAUGAAAAUGUCCACAUGCAAAUAUUUGUUUAUAGAUUACAGAUAUAUGAUAAGUACAUAGAAUUCAGAUCCAUUGCCAGCUCAUAAAUUUCAGUACCGUGAUCAGUUUAAAUGAUCACAACGAUGAUCAGUUUAAAUGAUCACAACGAGAACCUUUCCACAUCACAAUCCGAUUAAAGAAUCACAAUGUGUACAUUUCUACAUACAAGAAUCUCCACUUACACAGUAUAAUUCUAUACAGACAGUACAAUAUUACAAAGCAAUCUCAAUGUGUUUUGGCGGUUGGUAAGACCACAGGUUAUGGUUUAGGUCGUACAGGACAGGGCCCACUUGUAUAAAACAUCUCAAAGUUAAGGAAAAUCUCAAGUAAUGUAUUGUCUAUGGGAAAUCUUAGACUUGAGCAAAUCUCAAGAGUUGAGAUGUUUUAUACAAGUGGGCCCAGGUCUACUUUCAAAUCAAAGAGUCCCAGGUUUUACCUUGCCUCAACAUUUUUUCAAUGUAUACUGUGUACCAGGAAAUUGAAGGUUAAUUUUGGCCUUCUUUACAUACUGUAAUGAGGGCGAUUUUACAGUGAACAUUAGUAAACAACAUGGUAAAUACAGACUUUAUCAAAUUUGAAGGACAAAUUUUAUACUUGGCAAAAAUGGAUUUCACUGGUGAAGGGCAGACAUUUGAUUGGGCUAAAAUUUCUGGUAUACAGUAUCCACUAUCAUAACUUUUACAUUUCCAUUAUUUGAAUGAACAAUAGGAACAGCAUGAAAGGUGAUAAGCAUCUAAAAGCAGCUCAAAACUAGACCAGGAAGCCAAAGGCUAAUAGGCCCCUCCCCCAAAACAUUGACAAAAUAGUCGACUGAUUGUACAGUUAUAUCAAGUGUUGACAACAUAGCGAGUCUCAUAUACUUCAAUAUCCCAUGAAAAAAAAUAGGUUGAUAAACAAAUAUAUGUACAAAACUUCAAAGUUGGAUCAUUUUCAAUUUACAUAGAAGCAUACAUAAUCUGUAUUGUGAACUUAACACAACUCGAGAAGAGCAGCAUGCAUAGCAUUGGAACACAUACAACUGGUUUGUAUAUAAAAGUUAGACUUAAAAAUAAAGUGUAAAAAGUUAUACAGCUACGGCAGAAUACAAUAAUCUGUCAGCUUAAUGUUAAAUUGAGAUCGCAAAUAAGUACAACAUGCAUCUAUUUCACAGGGAGCACCUUAUUCAUCGUUAAAUCUAGAAAAAAUACAUAUAUCGUAAAAAAAGGACAAAUGAACAUCAGGAUACAGAAAUUAAUUGACAGGGAUAAGUCAAGUCCCCCUACUGUAACAUCAGAACACAGAAAUCAAGUGACGGGGAUAAGUUAAGUUCCACUGUACAAUAUAUUCUCGACACAAAAUGAUUUGCGCUACACCCUUCAAUAGGGUACGCUGAACUAUAGAUCUGAGGAAAACAGUACCAAAAUAUUUUAUCAUAUUUUUAAUUUUUCAGUAUAGAUAUUUCUGUGGUAAUCCAGAAGAAAAGUAAUCAAAGCAUGAGCAUAUACUUAGUAUAUAUAUGAUGUAUGAUGUAAAAUGAUUUAACAGAAGUUUUAGAGUGAUUUUCUUACUAGAUGACUCUGGUCCAACAGACAUGAAAAUAAACUAGGGCAUACAAAACUUGUUGUUUGUGACUAUAUUCAAAUCAAUUAACAGCACCAAAUGGAUAUAAAAAAAAGAAACAGUGAAUCUAUUUUUAGACAACCGAUCUUAAAAUCAAGCCGCAACCUCAUCAGCAAGUCUAACAGUCAGCGUGUAAGUGUUUUACAGUGUUGUUGAAUUAUAAGACUUAGCAUUCUCAAAAUUUGUUAUAAAAAUAUCCAAAAUAAUUAGGCAGAAAAUCAAUGAACAUUUUUGAUAAAAUAUACUUAAUAGCAUAAUGCCCCAUUUAGUUACACUGCAAAAUCACAUCAUCAUCUUGGUAGAGUUAACAAAAUCCUUGCAGAAUCUGGACUCUCCCUGACUUAAACUAGGUGGAUGAUAAUAACUUAUUGAAAUAUCAAUCAGAUGGUAUAGAGAACAAGAUCCUACUUGGUAGGAAAUUUUAUGUAGUCGGCUUUGGUGAGUUUCAGAAAAUAUGAUGAAUUUCUUGUUAAUGAUAUGAUCGACCACGGUUUGUUUUAUUAGACUGGAAAAACAGCAGAAACUUUUACACUUUUAACAAUGUGAAUAUGUAAUCAUUACGUGUGACACAUUUCAGAGUGAGUUGGGACUUCUCGCCGUGAGAUUUUGUCUCAAGCCACGAAACUUGGCAACCCUGGUAAUAUCAUUUUUUUCUUAUGUGGCAUGACUACGUCAAUAAACUUCCUCAGACAAGUCUGGCCAAAACAACUGCCCUCAAUCCUAUGCAACAACUGUAUAGCAAAAAUGUAUGCGACAGCUUUACUGCAUAGCAGCCAAAAUAUAUGAUAAAACUUCAACUCGACAAACAAACCUUUCGCCUUCUUUUCCUUGUGACAAUAUUUCUAGGUACUGAUAUGAAUAUAUAGAUAUGUAUAAGAUGCUUCAUGUGAAAAUGAAAACAAAUUAAUGGUUAUUUUUUAUGAUAAUUGAAUAAGGUACAUGAAUGCAUCACAACCUGACAAUUGACAUAACUAUAAAAAUAUUUAAUGUGACCACUAUCACAGGGCCUUGACACACGGUAGUAGCAACAGCUAGAUAUAUAUCUAUACUAUUGAUACGACCAAUAUGUUUAUGUAUGGUCAUCAAGGCCCUGUGCUUAACAUGCUCUUAUUCCAAUAAGAGCAAAGAUUUAGAGACUUACCGAUCUGUAAACAUACCCCAAGCUAUACGAUAAUCCUCAUACAUUGUAUAUACACAUGCAACAUUGGAUUUAUGUGAUCCCACAAAAUUACUGCCUGAAGUAAUUAAUUAACCCUGCAAUAGAUAAGUAGUGGUAAUUAAAAUGUAAAUGUAAAUAGCCCAAAAAUCUAUAAAGAGAAAAAUGUAAACACAUAUAUACAUUAUAGUAAAUUCUCCCACACCUGACAGAUUUAUCUCCCG